UUGGGAGAAUUUAUUUAUUAAUGUUUUGUAUUUUGAAAUGUUUUCCAAAAAUAUCAGUGGAAACUUGAAGGUUCCAGUGGUGGUGGUGGGGCCUUUUUUUUGGGCUCGGAUUUGGCGAAAGGAAUGAGAGGAAGAUAUGGAAUACGUAUCAUGGCUGAACCCCACAAAACGACUUGCGACUUAUCCAAGACAGAUCGAUCUCUCCCCGCCAAGCUUCUUCCCUUCCCUCCAUUUCCCCUCUGCUUGGUCCUAAAUUCUUCUCUUCUUCUACUGUCAUGAAACCCGCGCUUUCUUUCCUCAAGGUAAUGUGUGUCUCCCUCUCUGGUUCUCUUACUUCACUGGGUAGCUUCUAAUUCUACGAAAUCGGUGCUCCUCAGUGGAGGGCCAGUUGGCAAUGACUGAAUUUUGCUUGUUUAAUUGCUUCUUCCCCUCCCUUUCUGCUUACUGGGUUCUUGCAUCUCCAUUCAAAGUUUGCUCUCCACUCUUAAACUUCCAUUUGGGUUUCCUCCAAAAACUCUCUUAUACGUUUCUGAAAUUGGUACUACCGCAAAACCGAGUUGAGACUAGUAGCCAAGAUGAUUUGCUUGUACAGUUUGUUGUGUGAGCUAAACUUGCUUGGCGAUUGUUGGGCUUAGAGCUAAACUGAGCUUCACUUUGCUAAUGGGAAUAACUGUUGUUUGCUUUUGUGCUACUAUUGUCGCUCUGUGGUCUGAAAUUGAAAACUGUAUUAGGGAAAAUGUAGGCUUUGAUCUCAAUGGUUUUGAAUCUUGGCCCUUUUUUUCAUUAUAGUAGUACGAGUUGGGCAACCCCUCCAUCCACUGCUGUAGCUUAUCCCUUUUUUCCUGUUAACAAACAGAAUUACACAGUCUAAACUAUGGAACUAGCUUGGAAAACCAUUUGCUUGCCUCGGGAUGAAGUUCUGGGCGUCUCCUACACUGGAUCAGGAUUUGCAAAUGGUGAAAUAACCUACGGGAGAAGGGCCAAGGGGCGCCAUUUUCGCAGUUUACUUGUGAUGAGAAUUUCACAGCAUAGCAGGAACCCUGGAAACUUUCAUUUGGCAAGGUCUUGUAGAUUGGAUACCGAAGUGGUAGUUAAUAGCACAAAUCAGCUGCUCCAAUGGAGAAAGAAGCUCGCUUCAUGUUCUAGUAGCACCAGCACGACCAUACUCAAGGUGAAACAGAUACUAUCAAAUGUCUCGAAACGACAGUACUUGGAAGUCUUGGGAAUAUUAGCAUUUUCAUUGUUGGUCAUUCCAUCUUCAGCGGAGGCAGUCGAUGCUCUCAAAACUUGUGCUUGCUUGUUGAAGGAGUGCAGGCCAGAAUUUGCCAAGUGCAUCUCGAAUCCCUCAUGUGCCGCCAAUAUUGCUUGCCUUCAGACCUGCAAUAACCGGCCUGAUGAAACUGAAUGCCAGAUCAAAUGUGGGGACCUGUUUGCAAACAGCGUUGUGGAUGAGUUCAAUGAGUGUGCAGUCUCUCGAAAGAAGUGUGUGCCUCAGAAAUCUGAUGUUGGAGAAUUUCCUGUCCCUGAUCCGGCAGUGCUUGUCAAGAACUUUAACAUUUCUGACUUCACAGGGAAAUGGUUCAUCACCAGUGGUCUAAACCCUAGCUUUGAUGUUUUUGAUUGCCAAUUGCAUGAGUUUCAUACCGUAGGCGACAGACUUGUGGGGAACAUAUCAUGGAGAAUAGGGUACCCAGAUGGAAGCUUUAUUACCCGGAAUGCAGAGCAGAGGUUUUUGCAAGAUCCAAUGCAGCCCGGUGCACUCUACAACCAUGACAAUGAGUACCUUCACUAUCAAGAUGACUGGUAUAUCCUCUCUUCAAAGAUUGAGCAGAAAGCUGAUGACUACGUAUUCGUGUACUAUCGGGGGAGGAACGAUGCAUGGGAUGGCUAUGGAGGUGCUGUUGUCUAUACAAGGAGUGCAGUCUUACCAGAAAGCAUUGUACCCGAGCUCGAGAGAGCAGCUAAGAGUGUGGGACGAGACUUCAGCAAGUUCAUUAAAACCAACAACACCUGUGGUCCCGAGCCUGCCCUUGUUGAGAGAUUGGAAAAGACAGUUGAAGAAGGAGAAAAGACCAUCAUAAGAGAGGUUGAAGAAAUAGAAGAACAAGUCCUGGAGGCCGAAAAGACCGAGCAGACUUUAUUCCAGAGAUUGGCAGAGGGGUUUAAAGAGCUCCAGCAGGAUGAAGAAUACUUCUUGAGAGAGCUAAGUAAAGAGGAGAUGGAUUUAUUGAAUGGGCUCAAAAUGGAAGCCAGUGAACUGGAGAAACUCUUUGGAGGUGCUCUGCCAUUGAGGAAGUUGAGAUAGUAGUUCUCACAUUCAUUUUCUAUAUUCAUCCCCCACAAGCCUCCAUAGUUCAUACUAUAUUCACAUUUCUUCGAUUCACUAGGAAGCAUCCCAAGGCUCGCUGUCCAUUGGACAGGGAAGUGUAUGCACAAGUCAUCAAACUUUUUCUCUUAAAAGUACCAAUUACUCAAAGACUGCUCUCAUUGCUCAAACAUUUCAAUUGCUCAAGAAAAGAAUGAACCAAUAUUACAUAG